GCUUAAGGGAGGUCUGGGUAGACCCAUUUAUGCCCUUAUCCCUCCCCUCUCCACCCCUCCCCAUUCUCCUUUAUCCUUCUAUAAGCCCCGUUUAUGCAAGCGUCCCAGGCCCCCGCAUUCACAAAUAGCAGCAGACACUACGGUCCCAACAUGGUCUUUUGAUCGCGGUGCAUCCAGUUUUGAUUCCCUUCGGGCGUCUUACUGAUGCUUGGCUGCACUUGAAUAAAGAACCCUUCAAGUAGCACUCAUCACCCCCAGCCAUGAGGUUCCUGUGGCCCCUGUUCUUCCCCCUGUGCCUCCCUGUCCUGCCCAGCACCGAGGCCAAACGCCAGAGCUCCGACGACAAGACGUCGCAGCUCCCACCACCACCGGCAGGCAAGAUGCCCAAGAACUCUGUCCCCAGCUCAGGAGGGUUCAUCACAAAGGUUGGCCAUAACUGUACUUGGGAUGCGUCUGGGGAGGGCGUGGUGAAUCUGCUGGUCAGCUGUAGCUCCGGGGAGCAGACCUACUGGUGCCGCUAUGCUGGACAGCCAGACUUGUGCCAAGCCUACAGUGACAAGAAGGCACAGGUCAGGCACUGGAAACAACUGGUGGGCAAGCUGAAGAAGAGGAGCAAUGCGUGCAAAGGGGAGAAGGUGCUGAAGACCCCCACCUGCAAGGCCCCCAUGGAGUCCCACAUGAAGCUUAAAGAGAAGGGCAAAGGCGGAGGAAAGAAGGAUCCAGUGCCCCUGGUUCCUGAAAUGGUAGAGAAGGAGGAGAAGAAAGAGGAUAGGAUUCCAUUGUUGGAGGAGAGGGAUUGGGAUGGGGAGGUGAACGACAUGGAGCCAGUGGAGAAUUACUGUGCCGAGGGAUGGCAUUCUGUCUGUUCUUUCUUUGUAAGGUUUUUUGAAGGUUAAAGUCUUAAAGUUUUUGUAAGGUUAAAAAAGGGACAAACCUAAUGAACUCUGUUGGGGAAAAACUCCACCUCUGUAUCCAGGCUUACUUCUUUGCUAGGUAAACAAAAAUGGUUUAUAUAUAGCGAUAUAGAGCCUAAAUAUAGGACAUAGAAAUGUCUUGCGUUGUGUAUUUUAUUGUGAAACUAAUCUUAUUUUCUACAGACAAUAUUUGCUAUUGUUCAUUUGUAGUCACUAGACUUGUAUCAGAUUUAUAUUUUUGAACUUUAACACAACAUACAAAAUUAUACCUGUGAAUAAACAUACCUUACUAUAUAAACAUUUAA